AUGCGGCUACAGAUCGAUUUAUCCGACGUCGCCAUCGAGAAAAAUGAAGAAAUCCACGAGCUUCACCUCUGGGGAGUGCAGACCAGCAACCAUCGCCGUAUCGUCAUCCUCCAAUCGGAAUUCCCUUGGCUCAACCUCGUCUGGGCCGACGUCAAGGAUAGCCACCUCAUCAUCGAUCAUCCUGUCUUCGAUGGUUUCUUUGGGGAGCCCAGGGGUGGCUCUUUCUGGCUCGAUCUUGCCGUCAUCAAUCCUGCGGUGGAUUCUGCGCUCUUCCGCAAGAUUGGACACGGUAUUGCUAUGGGGUUCUCUGCAGGCAUGAUGGACCCUCAUACCAAGGUCGAAGCUAGAUGGCGCAAUGGCGCAGCUGCAAACAUCUCGGGGCCUGGAUAUAAGGCGCUGUGGCCUGGCCCACUCGUCUUCUUCAGCUACGGUUACGGAUUGAGCGACUACGUCAAAGUCGACCCAGCCCAAUCGGAUAAUGUCGAAUGCGGCGUCGAGGCAAAGAUGAGCAACCUAGAAAUAUGGAAUGAACUAGACAAGAUGCGGAAGGAGGCGGGCAAAACAGUUUGGAAAUGGAAAGUCAAGGAGCACGGCACAUCUAUGAAGGUCUUGGACUUGACCCACCGAGACCUCGGUACAGUCCUCGACUACAUGUCGCGCUCGCAGCUCAAUCCUAUCCCUCACAUCCCCAGGCGCUGGAAUAUCGAAGACUUGCAAGCGAAACAGGUCAACCCCAUGGCACAAACCGCUGCCGAAAACCAAUUCAAUGACGCGCUGACCGUCCAGUCAUCUAAGGGGGAGAACAUAUCCAUCCGGCAUGUUGUCCUCCCCACCAUCACAAUGCCUUUUCAUCCCAUGCUGGGGGCCUUUGCCGUCGGCAUCCAAUGGGUGGUCUAUUACUCCAUGGACAUCAAUCCGCCCUUCCGGGCUAAGAUACCGUGGGCCGAGCGCUGGCCGAUCAUGGACCUGACGUGGGCGGUAGAAAUCAGAGAGAGCGCGCCGGAGAUCGCGCUUCACGUCCCGAUCUCUUCGUGCGACUCGGUCGUCGUCAUGGACGCCGACGGCGGGCCGAUCGAUCCGCACCACGUGCGCGCGCUGUACAAGUACCUCAAGCACACGGACCCACGGCAGUGGUCGCGUCGCGGUGCCAGGGGCUUCGAAAACUACUGGGCUGUGUACGCAAAGGUCGACCUGGGGGGGGCCAAGGUGCCGGACGUGUACCCGCCCUGGGAUGCCCUCGACCCCAUAAAUCAGAACGACUGGAUCAUGACCCACAUGACGCUGGAGCAGUUGUGCCCGGAGGAUCUUGAACGGAAGGAGGAAAUUGAGAAGACCAGGCAGCAUAUGCUCGACACCGUAUCCUGGUACCGCAAUAAUUCACCGGGGAGGGGUUUUCCAUGCCAGUCCUUCUUGAAGAAGCUUAGCGAAGGCACUGAUAUCAUAUAA